AUGUUAGCAGUGCGUAAACUCGGCCAACAAGUUGUUCGUCCCGCCAGUAAUGCGAAUGUUGGACUUUCAGGUGCUUUGGCUACUUGUUGUGCAAUUUUUGUUUUAUUUGCAAUCGCUGCAACUAUUGUUCUCUCCCUUAUUCCUCUUUAUGUCCCAACAAAGAUUGCAGAAAGAAGCAUAGCUGCAACACAAAGUGGCCCGGUGACAAUGCAACUGAAUACUGGUAUUUCUGUCGGCUCUAGACGAAAACGAUAUGAUCCAUCGUUAUUAAUUGAAGUAGAUGAAGCUAUUGGCUACAAAUUUGGGUCGAACAGUGUACAAUCAAUUCAAAUUCAAAUCGAAAAUAUGUUUGUUGAUGUAACUAAUGAUGCACAGAGUAUAACCAUUAUUGAAGUUACAAUCACAGCGAUAAAUACUAAAAGAAAACGACAUACAAUACAAAAGCGUGCAGGGGCAGUCGCCGUCGUACAGUUACUGUUCUAUGUGAAUUUUAAAAGCACAUGUUCGGAUUCAUGCAUAAACAAAGCUGGUGCUUUAUUAGAAGUGGCACUUCCCAGCAGAGUAAAAACUGAUAGUAUAAUUCUCAACAAUGUUACUAUAAUUGAUGAUGAUGGAAAAGAAUUCGGAAUCAUCAGUUCGAUUCCCAUCAUUGAUCUUGCAUACUUAUCAUUCAUAGGUACGAAGAAGUCUAAGAAGGUUCAUACAACACCAAGAACAACAGCUGCUGUCACCGCAGAAAAGAAAACAACGACGACGACUACUUCUGUGUCGACUACCACCCUAACACGAAUAACUACUAGUACUACUGGUAAAUAA